UAGAAUUAAGUCAUAAUCAACUCAAAACUCAAAAACAUGCAAGCAUCAAAUUGCAUUAGAGAGGCAUGCUUCAACACCUGCUGCUCCCCUCCCCUCCUCCACACCUCCCCUCCGCCCUCCUCCGAUUUCGCCUCCGCCAUCGCCUCCUCCCUCCACCCGAACACGGUGUUCACCAACCCCGAGUCGCUCCCCCCUCCGGGGGAGCUCCUCUCCGCCCUCACCGCCGCCGUCCCCACCUACUCGAACAGCCCCGGCGCCGCCCGGGCCCGCGUCUCCCUCGACUACGUCGGCCACGGCCUGUUCUCGCACGCCCAGGCCGACGCGCACGAGCGCUUCUUCGACUUCUCCUACGGCGGCGCGGAGACAGCGCUCCACGCCGCCGCGAAGUGGAGGGUCAUGAGAUACAUGAACCUCUCCGAAGAAGACUACAUGCUAGUCCUCACAGCGAACCAGUCAUCGGCCUUCAGCCUCCUCGCCCAGUCGUACCCGUUCGAGUCCCGCCAGAGCCUCGUCACGGUGUACGACCACGACAGCGAGGCGCUGAAGCCCAUGACUGACGCCGCAGGAAAAUGCGGCGGACUGUACCAGUCCGCCACAUUUUCCUGGCCUGGCCUCAGGAUCAUUUCAAAAAAAUUAAGGAAGGUUCUGACGACCAAAAACCGAGGUUUGUUCGCGUUUCCGCUCCAAUCGAAGGUGAGCGGAGCUCGAUAUUCGUACCAAUGGAUGAAUCUGGCGAGGGAGAAUGGGUGGCACGUUUUGCUGGAUGCAUCUGCUUUGGCAGCUAAGGAAAUGGAGACGUUAGGCCUCUCUCUCUUCCACCCGGACUUCAUAAUCUGCUCCUUCUUCAAGAUUUUCGGCGAAAACCCCUCCGGCUUCUGCUGCCUCGCUGUUAAGAAAUCGAGCGCUUCAAUUCUGAAACUGCCCUCGACCAACAUGGGGAUAGUCAACCUCGUACCCGAAACAAAUAGCACGAUAAAUGAUGAGGUGAUUGAGUUUGGGGGACUGGACGAGGCGGAUGAAUUGGGGUUGGUUCGGAUCAGCGGGCGGGUGAGGUGCCUGGUGAACUGGGUGGUGCACGCGCUGCAGAAGCUGCGGCACCCGGGGGAGGGGGGGCUGGCGCUGGUGGAGGUGUACGGGCCGGGGGUGAGGGUGGACCGAGGGGGGGCGGUGGCGUUUAAUGUGUGUGAUUGGAAGGGGGAGAGGGUGGAGCCGGGGUUGGUGCAGAAGCUGGCUGAUCGGAGCAACAUCUCUCUCGGCGUUGGAUUCUUGAGCAACAUAUGGUUUGGGGACGAGCGGAGGAAGAAGACGAAGACGAAGACGAAGAGGAGGAGUGGCGUGGGAGUGGUGACGGCGUCGUUGGGGAUGCUGAGUGAUUUCGAAGAUGUGUACAGAUUAUGGGCGUUUGUUGCUAGGUUUUUGGAUGCUGAUUUUGUGGAGAAGGAGAAAUGGCGUUACACCGCGCUUAAUCAGACAACCGUUGAGGUUUAACAUCAAUCAUCGAUCCUCUAGGACACGUCCGAGAAUCGUUGGUUCCGGUUUUGAGGGCAACAGCGUAAUCGAUGAUUCUAGUUUUGAAUCGGUAACUGACGGUUCCGGUUCUGAUUCAAAAUCGGUGAUUCUUACCAAUUUUUGCAAUUUAACUAUUUUUGCAUGAUUCAAAAUUGGUGAUUCUUUGUUUUUGGACCAAACCUGGUUCAAAAAUGUUGGAACGGAAACUGGAACUGAACUAGUAGAAUCAUUGAGCCAGUUUCGGUUAGGCUUGUCGAGGGUGGUUAUGAUACAAAAAUUGGAACUUCUAGUUCAGUUCCAGUCGAGCUAGUGGUUUCGGUUUAACCAUGGAACUCCUAGUUGAUUUUUCUACUAGGAGUAAUAUUUAAAUUGCAGAACAAUCAUAAUUUUACCAAAUUUCAUGAAUCUCCUAGUCGAUGUUUCCGCUAAUAUUUUAAUUGCGGAGCAAUCGUAAUUUUAUCAAAUUUCAUGAUUUUUUUCCCGUACAUAUCAAUUUUCUUUUACAAUUUUUUUUGUCUAUUUCUUUUUCCAAAAAUUAAUAAGUCAAUACAGUAUUGGGCUAGCCUUACUAAACUUUUAGCCCAUAUGUAGUUAGCCUCACUAUAUAAGUCGAAUCUAUAAUUAGGCUCACACCAUUUUGCCCAAAAUUAGCCUGGCCCACUUUAUUAGCAGUAGUUGAGGCAUAGUUUGUUUUUUCUUUUCUUUUUGUCUCCAAUUUUUUAAGUUAUCUGAUGAAUCAUAAUUUAACUAAAAUUGAUGAUUUUUCUAUUAAUUCAACCAAAAUAAUAAUCUUAUAUAUAACAGCUAGAAAGUAGCCUGAUUGUACCCGUAUGUCAUGUCACACAUAGUCAUGUAUCCUUGUACCAAACAAGGCCUUAUUUAUGGGGCGAUAGAUUUUAUAUUUUUAUUGUUUGACAUCUAAAUAAAUAUAGAUUAUUUUAUAUUUUUA